GCUCCCCGGUUGGGGAGCGGCGGCCGUCCGGAAGGAUGCAUCAGAAGCUGCUGAAGAGUGCGCAUUACAUCGAGCUGGGCAGCUACCAGUAUUGGCCAGUCCUGGUGCCCCGCGGCAUCCGCCUCUACACCUACGAGCAGAUCCCCGUGUCUCUCAAGGACAACCCGUACAUCACCGACGGCUACCGGGCCUACCUUCCCUCCAGGCUGUGUAUCAAAAGUUUGUUUAUUUUAUCUAACGAGACAGUAAACAUCUGGAGUCAUUUGCUGGGUUUCUUUCUCUUCUUCACACUGGGAAUAUAUGACAUGACAUCUGUGUUACCUUCAGCAAGUGCUUCUAGAGAAGAUUUUGUAAUUUGUUCUAUUUGUCUUUUCUGCUUCCAGGUCUGUAUGCUCUGCUCUGUAGGCUAUCAUCUUUUUUCUUGCCAUCGAUCAGAAAAAACCUGCCGAAGAUGGAUGGCAUUAGAUUAUGCAGGAAUUUCUAUUGGAAUACUGGGCUGCUAUGUCUCUGGAGUAUUUUAUGCAUUUUAUUGUAAUAAUUAUUGGCGUCAAGUGUACUUGAUCACAGUGCUCGCUAUGAUCCUGGCAGUGUUCUUUGCGCAGAUCCAUCCCAAUUACCUCACACAGCAGUGGCAGAGGCUCCGUUCUAUCAUCUUUUGUUCUGUUUCGGGAUACGGAGUAAUUCCUACUCUUCAUUGGGUUUGGCUCAAUGGAGGAGUCAGUGCUCCUAUUGUACAGGACUUUGCUCCUCGUGUAGUUGUGAUGUAUGUGAUUGCUCUUCUUGCUUUCCUAUUCUACAUUUCCAAAGUUCCAGAACGGUACUUUCCAGGACAACUAAACUACCUCGGAUCAAGCCACCAAAUAUGGCAUAUCCUUGCAGUAGUGAUGUUAUAUUGGUGGCAUCAGUCAACAGUGUAUGUUAUGCAGUAUAGACAUAGCAAGCCUUGUCCUGACUAUGUUUCACAUUUGUGAAUUCAGGUAUGGCCACCUGAUUUAUUCAGUUGUAAAGCAAUAUAUAAUGGGGAGUUGUAUACCCCAACAUUUCUAAGAUUCUUGUUAGUUUUCCUUUUUUCCUCUUGUUUAAUAUAUCAUGAGUAAUACUUUAUAAAAAUGGAAAAUGAGCUAAGAAAGUUUGGGAAUCUGCUUUACAGGCCCUUUUUAAAACCACUAAUCUGCUGCUUGUACAGAAAGUGAAAAUUAGUUGGCAUUCAGAAGAAUCAUCUAAAGAAUGUGAAACCAGUGUAGAAAUAGUAUUCAUUUUACUUAACACCAGCUUAAUUUCCUUAGGAAGGGCUCACCUCCAUUAUAAAAUGGAGUCAUUCUGUGUGAUUACUUUAAUAGAAAAUAUUUACAGUGGAUGAUCAAGUUCAAGUGCCUAAUCAAGAUGAGGGUUAUGGGAUAGCCUAUGCUUAACACAAGUUAGGAUAGUGAUUUUGAAUCAUCACUAGUCUUUAAAUCCAUGGUUUGUGAGAAACUGGCACAUAUUCCCUUUCGCUGUAGGUUCCCUUCUCCCUAGGAACACUGGAUUUUUUAGUUUGCUGAAACAAAGACUUUAAACCUCUUCUCCUUUAAGAGAGGAGUUGAGAAGAGGAAAAGAACUUGCAUUGUCAUUUUCCAUCAGAUAAGUCACAUGAAAAACUGAUUACAUGAUCAGCUGACAAAUUUUGUGGUCUAAUAACCAAGUAAUUAGCCAUUUAAGCUUUUUAAUUUCAGAUAAUAUUUAAAUCCAUAUAGUAACUGAACUCUUGCCAGUGGGUUGCAGAUUUUUGGUUCCAAAGUUCCUACGGCAGCAGAGCUUUCACCUCUCUGAACGUGGAGUCGUGAAUGUCCCGACGAUGGGGGUUCCCAGCUACAUAGGUGCUACCUUCAAGGCCAUAGAUUCCAGAUGGCCAGUCUUGACCCUGAAAUGUACCUUAAGCCUUAGAACAAAGUCGUGCAGAUGCCCCAUUUGAUGACGGAUUAUUCACCUGUGCUCUGGUUUUUCUCUGUGUAUGCAUGUGUUAGCAUCAUAAUGAUGUCAGAAUAUUGAUAUAUACUAAUUUGGGGGCCUAAAACAUUAAAUUGGCUUUUUAUUAUAUAUAGGUAAAAAGUAGAUCUCAAUGACCUAUCAUACAGUAACAUUCUUGUUCUUUGGUCUUGUUCAUAUGCAUAAAUUAAUUUCCUUAAAGCAGCCAUUCAUAAAAACAUUUUAUUGGAAUAUAAAAUAUUACCCAAGUUUCUUAAUGGGUUGAUAGGAGCUGCUUUAACUACUGGUAUAUCUUCAGAACCUUGGAAUUACUAAAUAUCAGAAGUGUUGACUGACAGUGAAGCUUAUUCCCAAAAUGCCAUUUGUACGUCUGAUAUUAGGAACGUUACUUUAAUGUGCCUCAGUUUAUGCAUCUGUAAAAUUUUGUAUUUUUUAGUGUAGUGUUUUGGGAGUAUAAAUUGUUGUGCCUAAGCAAGGAGAAUUUUCCCCCAGUAGGCUAGGGGCACACUAUUUUGUACCCACUAUUAUGAUUAGAACGCUACUUUGAAAAUGGCUGUUUUCUCGUAAGGCCACAAACUUGACCCGUAUGCUAAGUAAUAGAAGAUUUUGUGUGAUGAUAAGGAUAUAUUUUUCCUAAAACAUCCCUUACUGGCUUACAUGAUAUUAUUGCUUUUAAAUAUUUUGUCGUUUGGCCAAACAAAAUACCUUGAAUAUUUAUAGUUAAUUUUCAAAUGAAGAAGUCUGGUUAUUUUAGGUCUGGUACCAUAUUAGUUACUGUUAUCUUCUCAAAAACAUAUAGAACCUUAGUUUUAUUUUCUUUUAAUUUUAAAAAUAGUCCUGGCUUUUCAUUAUAGUCUGAAUUAUUUAAUACUUGCCACCUGAAUUAAUAGAUAAAAAGAACAUAAUGUAUUUAAGACUUUUAUUUUUAAUUUAAAAGGUCUGACUAUAAGAAUACCAUGUAAACAUUUCAUCUUUUUAUGAAAGUGUUAAAUAUUGUAAGAGAGCUGUCCUUCCUCAUUCUUAUCUUUACUAUGAUGUAUUUAUUACAGUGUAGGGACUGAAUGAAUGUGGAUUGCUGUCAUCUAUAAACACUUCUGUAUAUCAGCAUUUAUUGACCACCUACUGUGUGCACAUCACUACUGGCAGAAUGUUUAAGACAUUGUUAACAUUAAAGAAUAACUAUUUAAAAAUUGCCUACAAACCUGAGCCUUGUAAUACUGUAUAUUUAAGUUAUUUUUGUUUUUGUAGAUCUAUUAAAAUAAGAUUAAAAGUAUAUUAUUCAGCUACAGUAGUAAAAAGACUGGUUUUAAUUUUACCAAUGUGUAAACCAUAAAAGCUCUUUACCAGCAGACUGCAUUUUAGAAUUAUCCAUGGCUGUUUUAAAUUGUCUAUAGUGAUUUAUAAGGUUGUAGUUAACUCAUUUAAGAGACAAUUAUCUUUCUACAUAAAGGCAUUUUUAAAUAGCAAGAUAGUGCUUGUUUUCUGUUAGUACACUGAAUUCAUUCAAUUCUAAAGCUGCAUGGCAAAAUAUGUAUUAUGUAAAUAAACUGGGUUUACUAAAUAUA